AUGUCGUUACCACGUUCCAGCACGUCGACCAAGCACGAUCCCCCUCACAAUAUUGUUCUCAAAGCUUCGUACAUCGCAAAAACUCAUACAUAUCUCGCGUACACCGCAUUUGGAACUGCAUUGUUUCUUGGCGUACUUUUGCACUACAAGAAGAUUGUAAAGAAUGCAGUGGCCGGAUAUCCUGAGGAGUGGUUCCCAUCCGUAUCCGCGACGAUCGGGGAUUGGUACCCGGAACGCAAUGUUUUCCAGAUUCUGAUUGCCCUAACGUCUGGACCGAGGUUUUGUCUCGUCGCUUUCCAAUAUCUCUUGCAUCGUUCCCACAAUUCGUCUCUUCCGACGCUUGUGUUCAUUUGCGGACUUUUACGAACCAUUUCUUGCGGGGGUUGGGUGUAUAUCACCUCUAGCGAUGACCAUGACAUUCACGACGUUUUCAUGAUUGGUUAUAUUGUCCUUAAUAUUCCUUGGAUGGUGGGAGGCAUCAUGUCGACGCCGCUGGAGUACGCGUCUAUUCGUCGCAAACGAGUCGUUUUAGCAUCUGCAUUCUUCUUCACAAUAAUACCCUUGAUAUACUUUUUCAUACAGCACAGGGUUCAUCGAAUUCCCGGAGCCUACACACACUACAGCUUUUUUGAAUGGGGCCUAAUCUUCUUUGACGUCCUUUACGAUUCUUUUACCGAGGAGGAGUUACGUCAAGCUGAUUUGAAUAUCACUAUAGGCAAUUCUAAUGUGGCGUCGACGGAAACUCGAAGCUCUUUGAACGAGAAGACAGCCGGAGCAAAGAACGAAACUUACCCAGAGGUGCAAAAUAAACUUGAAACAGGCGUCAAACCUGUACAACCAACUACGGUCUGGCAGCUUUUUAGCGAUUGGCGACCAACUAUCGCUCUCAUGUCUGAUGCUUGUCUCUCAUACAUCUUCUGGUCUAUCUUUACGUCUUUGGUGCCCACCAUUUUCUACUUUUCUGUUUGGGAACUUGGAAUUUCCGGCUCGGAGCUGGCUUUUCUAGCGUCCCUUUCUCCUAUAUUCCUUGGCAUAUUUAAAAUUCGAGUAUGGGCUUCUACUCGUGCGGGUAUCGCCAUGUUACAUUUCCUUUCUUUCUCUGGUCUAGUCGCCUUUUCGCUCAGGAGCCCAACGCAUCGUUUGUUUGUUGUUGCCCCCGCUACAGCAAUAGCAGCUAUUCGUCAGGUAGUAGACUGGAGGCUACAUCCGCUCUAUUCAAGCUUCAUGACUGCUCUGGGGUUCACGCUCUCCUCCUUUCUCAAACAUUCAAAUCAUUCAAAUAAUCCAGUUUGGCCUAUCGUCGACUCCCGUUCAGGCGGAUACAACAAGACUGGGCUCGCUGUUGCAUGUGUUGCAUUGUUAGAGCUGUACACAAGGCCUAUAUCAGCUCAACCGCCAUCUGAACGGGAUCGUUUGAGAGUUAUACCGGAAACCACGCUAAAUACAGCUCUUCCUCUUGGAAGUCUACUGUUCAUUUUCCACAACCUCCUAUCAGAGCCGGGUACUCUCAUUGCGUGGACAUGGACAGGGUACGAAAACGGUCGCCCUCGUGGCCCGCUUCCCGGUUUACACGGUUCUCUGACAAUUAUUGCGCAAUGUCUUGGAAUCUUGUUUUCGGUUGCGUUGCUGAAAGGAAACUUUGGACGAGUUUUGGCCCAUCCGAUUUGGUUCGUCGUCGGAAAUUCUGCUGCCUACGUCCUGUAUCACUACAGAAAUUGGUCCGGCUACUGGGGAUGCUUGGUGUUUGCUUUCUUUUCCAUGUCGAUAACACCGCUGGUCAUUGUUCGUGCGAGCAGAACCAAGGCGGUGGCACGGACAUACUUUACUGCCAUGUUGGUCUACUGUCUCUUGAUGCUAGCUGCCAUCUGGACGGUCGCUUAUGCAUUUGUCCCAGGAGGGCCGUAUCUUAGAGAACGUACAGAUCUUGUCACAAUCGCGCAGAUGUUAUGCCUGUCGCUCGCUUUUGACUGGCCGAUCUUACGCCCGCCCCAUCUUACAACUUUACCGUCUUUGUCUUCUACAGUUGCAUCGUUCUCGCGAGCAGUCCUAGCAUGUAUCUCAGUAUUGGCUAUCCUCAGUACUCUGUACCACUUUCCAAGCAAACCAACGACUCCCCACCGUGCCGGUCACAGAAUGCUGCGCGCUGGUAUCUGGACAGUUCACUUCGGGAUCGAUGAUGAGGGCAGAGAUAGUCAGCGACGUAUGCGGGACCUUCUCAAGGGUUUGGAACUGGACAUAGUCGGACUUUUGGAGACUGAUCUACAGCGUCCUGCGUACGGAAACCGUGAUCUGACAAGGGUGAUAUCCGAAGAGGGAUUUUACGUCGACAUUGGUCCUGGACCCAAUCUACACACCUGGGGUGCGGUCCUUCUUUCAAAGUUCCCAAUCAUCAACUCCACUCAUCAUCUGUUACCAUCUCCGGAUGGAGAACUUGCUCCUGCAAUCGAAGCGGUCCUGGAUGUUUUUGGUACGUCAGUGGUUGUUAUCGUUUCCCACAAUGGUCAAGAGGAGACACCAUUGGAUCGUCAGCUUCAGAGCCAGGAACUGGGGAGAAUCAUGGCCUCACAUUAUCCAAACCCCACUAUUUAUCUGGGUUAUGUGGUGACUACACCACAUGCAGAAAAACCGAGUCCCUACAAAUACCUUGUUGAAGAUGGUCUUAUGCACGACAUCGAUCAAUACGACUGGGAUCGAUGGUGCGAAUACAUUUUGUAUCGCGGUCUGUAUCGUACCUCCUACGCUCGUGUUUCUCGGUCAACUAUCACCGACACCGAACUACAAGUUGGCCAAUUCAUUCUUCCAAAACAUGGACAUACCGUCACGAACGACUCUCAUGAUGCGAGGUAUACGCGGAUCUUCAAGGAGACGCUUUCUCCAGAACAUUGGUUCCCAAUGGAAUACUACGGGAGUGAAGGACAGGGAGGGGUCAACGGUCAUUUCUAUCAUGUCUUCAACACGCCUUUGUAUUACAAUAUCCCUGCAGAUGCAGUGCUGUAAGGAGUUGCAACACGUUGUAUGUAUGACGACCUGUACCAACUCUUUGAUCUUCUUUCGAUGUACACACGCUCCCAUCUUUUCAAAUUUUGUCUCUGAUACGAACAGCAGACUCUAGAUUAA